GUUCACCGCUUGACCCGGGGAGAAGCAGCGUCGCCAUUUUGGUUCUGAAGGGGGGCCUGCUGUCACCACGUGAAGGCGAGAAGCCCCAGACAGCGAAGUUCGGGGGGGCUAUUACGAUACGGCAGACAAUCCGGCCAGAGGAUCGCGGAUUCCGAUUCAUGAUCAGAGUAAAGUCACGGUGAUCAGUACCCAAGAAAAAUCAGAAGCAUGCCCUCGAUAACUCUGCCGCCGAAGGAGAACGCUCUCUUUAAGAGAAUAUUGAGAUGCUAUGAACACAAGCAGUACAGAAAUGGGCUCAAGUUUUGCAAACAGAUCCUGUCCAACCCGAAGUUUGCCGAACACGGAGAGACCCUUGCAAUGAAAGGACUGACUCUGAACUGCUUGGGCCGAAAGGAGGAGGCAUAUGACCUAGUGCGACGUGGCUUACGAAAUGAUCUGAAGAGUCAUGUCUGUUGGCACGUGUAUGGUUUGCUUCAGCGCUCAGAUAAGAAGUAUGACGAGGCCAUCAAGUGCUACAGGAAUGCUCUUAAAUGGGACAAAGACAAUCUGCAAAUCCUCAGAGAUCUCUCACUGCUGCAGAUCCAAAUGAGAGACCUCGAAGGUUACAGGGAGACCAGGUACCAGUUACUGCAGUUGCGGCCAGCUCAAAGAGCCUCCUGGAUCGGUUAUGCCAUUGCAUACCACCUUCUGGAAGAUUAUGAGAUGGCUGCUAAGAUCGUGGAGGAGUUCCGCAAAACACAACAGACAUCUCCAGAUAAAGUGGAUUACGAGUACAGUGAGCUGUUGCUUUAUCAGAAUCAGCUGUUGAGGGAGGCCGGGCUUAGCAAAGAAGCCCUCGAUCACCUGACCAGCUAUGAAAAACAGAUCUGUGACAAACUGGCUGUAGAGGAGACACGAGGAGAGCUGCUUCUCAAGUUAGAUCGGGCUGGUGAAGCUACGGAGGUCUACCACCGACUGCUGGAGAGAAACCCUGAGAACUGGAGCUAUUAUCAAGGGCUAGAGAAAGCACUCAAACCAAAGAGUGUUGAGGGGAAGCAGAAAAUCUAUGAAGAUGCCUGGGUUAAGUAUCCUAAAGGCCUGGUGCCAAGAAGACUUCCUCUCAGCUUCCUCACAGGUGAGAAGUUUAGAGAGUGUUUGGAUCGCUACCUGCGGAUGAACUUCAGCAAAGGAUGCCCGCCUGUCUUUACCACACUGAAAUCACUCUACCACCUUAAAGACAAGGUAGCAAUAAUUGAUGAAUUAGUUGUGGGCUAUGAAAAAAGUUUGAGAGCUUGUAAAAUGUUCAACCAAAAUGAUGAUGGAAAGACAGAGCCACCCACUACUUUACUGUGGGUUCAGUAUUUCCUUGCCCAGCAUUUCAACCAUAUCGGCAAACAGACUCUUGCCCUCGAAUACAUCAACACAGCCAUUGAAAGCACCCCCACCCUCAUAGAGCUCUUCCUCAUCAAGGCGAAGAUAUACAAGCAUGCGGGUAACAUCCGUGAAGCUGCUCGCUGGAUGGACGAGGCCCAGGCUCUGGACACCGCUGACCGCUUCAUCAACUCCAAGUGUGCCAAGUAUUUGCUCAAGGCUGGACUUAUCAAAGAGGCUGAAGAAAUGUGUUCCAAGUUCACACGGGAAGGAACCUCUGCAGUAGAGAAUCUGAAUGAGAUGCAGUGCAUGUGGUUCCAGACGGAAUGUGCUCUGUCCUACAAGUCCUUGAACAAAUAUGGAGAGGCGCUGAAGAAGUGCCAUGAAAUUGAGAGGCAUUUUGUGGAGAUAACGGAUGACCAGUUUGACUUCCACACAUACUGUAUGCGGAAGAUGACCUUGCGUUCUUAUGUGGAUUUGCUGAAACUAGAGGACGUGUUGCGCAUGCAGCCUUUCUACUUCAAGACGGCACGUACAGCCAUCGACAUGUACCUCAGCCUUCAUGAUAACCCGCUCUCCGAUGACAACAAGGAGUCACAGGCCGACAAUGGUAUUGUCAUGUAUAGAGAUACACCAAUCGGCCGGCCAGGAAUCGGAAUCAGCCGAUUUUCCGCACAAUCGGCCCGGACCGGUGACUGGCCGGUCAGUCUCACAUCUUGUCGAUUCCGAGCCGGUCUGUUUUGAUGUUACAACUACGCUCACAUCCACAUGUAAACGUGUCGCCACCGUAGAAGUUCUUCACUGUGAGUGAAGAAGACACAAUGUUCGCAAUUUGUAAUAUGUGUAGGGCCAAAGUAAACCGUGGGGGAAACGCAGGGCUCGAUUAACUCUUGUCUGGGACAAGUAGAUUUUUUUCAAGGGGCAAGUGAGAGAGAAUUUUACUUGCCCAACCAGAUAAACAGUCAGAUUAAAAUAUCAAUAACAAAAAUAACUAGGUAAGCACUGAAACUUGGCCACCAAAAAAUUUCACCCGAGAAUUUUUUUGCAUUCAGUGUAAGCAUGCAAACAGCGACUGAUAAGGUUUGCGCAGCCUGUCUCUCUUGAGUGAGAGAGACAGACUUGUGCAUAAAUAAAAGCAAAUCAGCACAACGGCA